GUAAAUAAAUAUACUCGUUAUUUAUUUCGUUUCAUUUUAUUUCACUUAUCUGUGCGGCGUCUUGAAGUAAUUUCAACUACGUCUCGUGUAUGAUCUAUCAUUUUAGAUAUCAAUAUACUUAUAAUUAAUUUAAAUAAAAUUACAUACAUCAGAAUUUAUCAAUUAAAUAAACAAAAGAAGAAUUUUUACUGUCAAUAAGAACCCGGUCGACAAUGGAUAUGACAAGCUUGCAAAAGUGUUGGGAAGAAUUGGCAGAAACCGAGUGGUCAAAACUCAACUUCAAAGAUGAAUAUGAGAUGAUGACAGACGUAAUACGUCUAAUAAAGUUCGAUGAUACUAAACUAAAGUGUACGAAAAAAAGUACUGAAGAAACAGAGAAACUGUUCGCUAAAGCUAAGGAAGAACUCGCCAAGAAAUCAUCAUCACAAUCUGUUAUUGAAAUAUAUACAAAAGCAAUGUGUAAUGCGCUGCCAAAUUCACCUGAACUAGCUCGAGCUUACGCAAAUCGUUCUGCUGUAUUCUGCAACGCAGGUCUCUACGAAGAAUGUCUUACGGACAUCGGACGAGCUUUGGAGAUCGGGUAUCCUGAUGAUCGUAAAGCAAAACUUUACUUACGGCGUGCCAAGGCCUUGUGGGGAUUAGAGAAAAAAGUACGUCCUGAGAUUGAAGAAGCGAUAAUGGAAACUCGUAAUUGGAUUGAAUAUUUACCAAAGGAAAGUGAAAAGACUAUUAUGAGAAGAUUAUUGAAAGAGUUUAAAAAAUAUCCCUAUGAAAAAUUUGACAAAAAUUUUGUUAAUCAUUUACCCGACGCACCUACAAGUAAUCCAUUUAUCAAAGGUGCUUCUGAUGCCAUUAAAAUAAAAUACUCUAAUAAAUUAGGGCGACAUAUGGUAGCAACGAGAGAUAUUAAAGUUGGUGAAGUUGUCAUGGUUCAAAAAGCUUAUGUUGCGGUUCAUAAUCCUGAGAGUAUUUAUUUUUACUGCUGGUACUGUUCAAAACGCGCUUGGUCUAGUAUUCCGUGUACUGAAUGUACGGAAGUAGUUUUUUGUAACGAGACUUGUCGAGAUGCUGCUUGGAAUGAGUUCCAUGAUCUUGAAUGCCAGACUAUGGCUUCACUUCCUAUGGAUAAAUUUGGUUGGUUCGAUAUAAUGGCCAUUAAAUUAACAAUAAAAACUAUCAAAGAAGCAGGAUCUUUAAAAUCAUUAAAAAAUAUUAUUGAUAAAAUUAAAUCAGAUUCAAGUGAAAGUAAACCGGACAAAGAAGGAUUUGAUUACAAUAAACAUUCAAUAAUUUCUAUAAUUUAUAAUUUAUAUAAUGAUUUAAAAUUUAUGCAAAAGACAGAUGGAUAUAAAGAUUUUCCAGUAAGAAGUACUUACUUGCUUUAUGUAUUAGCAUCAAAAACAGAAUUACUGGACAAUAAAAUAAAUGACAUAAAUGAUCUUAAGGGUAAUGAAAUGGCUACUUUUUUGGGCGCAUUGAUUUUGAGAUUUAUGAAUAUUUCUGUAUUGAAUUCAUACGAGGCCAUUACCAUUAAAAAUAAGAGCAAGUACAAAAGAGGUAAAUUACUGGGUUCUAUCGUCAGUUAUUUUAAUCACAGCUGCGAUGAUAAUAUCACUUGUUCUCAGUACGAAGACAAUUUGGUAUUUCGUUCAACUUGUCUUAUUAAAAAAAAUGAACAAUUGUGUGUAACUUAUGGCCCGACGUUUCAUUAUCAUACAGUUGAUGAUCGACGACGUCAACUCAAAACGCAGUAUAAUUUUACGUGCGAAUGCGACGCUUGUUCUAAAAAUUUGGGUAAACAUUCUCUACUUCCAUCUUUUCAUGAUCAAGCUUUAUUAGUUGAAAAAAGAUACAAGGUGGCGGUAGAAUACCAAAAGUAUGAUAGUUAUUUAUUAAACAUGACUGAAAAGGAAAUAGAUUAUAAAAUGAACUUUGAACCUUCAUUCGCACCUAUUUUGAUAAAUAUAUUGAAUGUGUUGUAUGAAAACGUCAACUAUCCUUGUAUUGAAAUAGUAUCAAGUAAAGCUGCGCUAAGUCACAACUUCGUCUCUAGUGGAUAUUAAUCAGCUUACAAAUUAUUGAUAAACAGCAUUAUAAACUAGUUUAUUAUUUAUUUACUAGAAAAAUGACUCAUAAGAUAUUCGACUUGACAAUUAAUAUUUUAUUCAAACAUAAAUAAAAUAUCACUUAUAUUUUUUUUCAAUUACUGUAAAAUUUUGUUGAGCUCGACUUUUGUGUUUUAAUUCAAAAAUCAUGAGAGUAAUUAAGAUUAAUUAAAUUACUGACAAAUAAAAAAAUUA